UUAACUGUUAGGCAACCAAACCGACAAUCAUGUCUGAAACUGUACCUGCCGCGCCACCUGCUCCUUCUCCUGGGGAGAAGACACUUGUGAAGAAAAAGGCCCGCAAGUCCACCAAUGCUGCGAAGCGUAAGGCGUCCGGGCCCUCGGUGUCCGAGCUCAUCACCAAGGCUGUCGCCGCCUCCAAGGAGCGCAGCGGCGUGUCUCUGGCUGCGCUCAAAAAGGCACUGGCGGCCGCUGGCUACGAUGUGGAAAAGAACAACAGCCGCAUCAAGCUGGGUCUCAAGAGCCUCGUGAGCAAGGGCACCCUGGUGCAGACCAAGGGCACCGGGGCUUCCGGCUCUUUCAAGCUCAACAAGAAGGCAGCCACCGGGGAGACCAAGCCCAAGGCGAAGAAGGCGGGCGCGGCCAAACCCAAGAGGGCUGCUGGGGGGGCUAAGAAGCCCAAGAAAGCCACGGGUGUGGCCACCCCGAAGAAAACCGCUAAGACGACAUGGAAAAAGGCGAAACCUGCUACUGGGGCGAAGAAAGUGGCCAAAAGCCCGAAAAAAGUGAAGACAGCCAAGCCCAAGGCAGCCAAGAAUCCAGUUAAGGCUAAAGUUCAUAAGCCCAAGGUAGCCAAGGUUAAAGCUGUCCAGCCGAAAAAGGCGACCCCCAGAAAGUAGGAAAAUAAAAGGAUUAAGUUUCUUAAAGGCUCUUUUCAGAGCCAUCCAACUCUUCUUACUAAAGAGCUUGUAAUAAUACCUCUUGAGGUAAGUUUCCUCUUUGCUCGAAAUGGAGAUACAACUCCUUACCAGAAAAUGUAGUGGCUCUGAGAAGAGCCUUUGGGUUGAAAUUCGGUUACUUAUCGGGGAAAAGAACAUCUACGCCCUCUCCCCGCGGAUGCGGCGGGCGAGCUGGAUGUCCUUAGGCAUGAUGGUGACGCGCUUGGCGUGGAUGGCGCACAGGUUGGUGUCCUCGAAGAGCCCCACCAGGUAGGCCUCGCACGCUUCCUGCAGCGCCAUCACCGCCGAGCUCUGGAAGCGCAGGUCGGUCUUGAAGUCCUGCGCGAUCUCGCGCACCAGCCGCUGGAACGGC